CAGCUCGUUGGAGUUUCUUUAUUGUUCGUGAGAAAGUUUGUGUUGUGAUCCGUCAGAGCCUCUGUGUGUCCGGAUAAACCUGUCUGAAUGGACUUUGUGCUGUUCACCUUUUCUUUCUGGAUGUUUUACCUCUGACUCAUCUCCCAGGAGACUACAAACACAUCCAAGUUAGCUUAGCAUGCUAGCUCGUUAGCACCGCGGCGCUAGUCAGAGUGACUGUUUGAUGGAGAGCAAACUGUGUUUCUGACGGAGUUUGUGUGGAGAAAAAGUUGGUGUCACUGUGUGAAAAAUGUCUAAAGUCCAAACGGUGAGAGCGCUGGUGGAGCAGCGACUGACUGCGGCUGCUGAAGAGAUAUUUGGGCUGUUUGAAAGAACGAUAGCAGAGUACGAGGAGCAACUUUGUCGUUCAAAAGAGAAGAACGAGCGACAACAGAAACUACUGGACGCUGUUUUCAACCCUCAGAUUCAGCUACACAGAGCAGACGUUCAGCAGCUGUCGGUGGGUGAAGAAGAGUUUCCCUCUGAGCAGCAGGAGAGGAGCUGCAGUCUGGACCAAGACCAGGACCAGGAGGAGCCAGAGCCGCCACACAUUAAAGAGGAACAGGAGGAACCUUGGAUCAGUCAGGAGGGAGAGCAGCUUCAGGGGCUGGAGGAGGCUGAUAUCACCAAGUUCACAUUCACUCCUGUCCCUGUGAAGAGUGAAGAAGAUGAAGAGAAACCUCAGUCCUCACAGCUUCAUCAAACACAAACUGAACAGAUGGAAACAGAAGCUGAUGGAGAGGACUCUGGAGGACCAGAACAAGACAGGAACUCUGAUCCAGAUCCACAUUUACAACCUGAUACUGCAGACUCUUCUGAACCUGAGACUGAUGACAGUGCUGAUUGGAAGGAGACCAGAGAACCUCAGUCAGGUUUGGACUGUUUGAAAAAAGAUGGCUACCCUGUCAGAGAUUCCUCGUUUCGUGCUGGUGAGAAACGAUUUAGCUGCUCUGAGUGUGGGAAAAGAUUUGGCGACAACUACGAUCUGAAGAGACACAUGAGAAUCCACACAGGAGAGAAACCUUUCAGCUGCUCAGUUUGUAAGAAAACCUUUGCACGGAGUGGAACUUUAAAGUUACACAUGAGACUCCACACAGGAGAGAAACCUUUCAGCUGCUCAUUUUGUGAGAAAACUUUUGCACAGCGUGGAACUUUAAAGUCACACAUGAGACUCCACACAGGAGAGAGACCUUUCAGCUGCUCAGUUUGUAAGAAAACUUUUACAGAGAGUAGACAUUUAAAGGCACACAUGAGACUCCACACAGGAGAGAGACCUUUCAGCUGCUCAGUUUGUAAGGAAACUUUCACAUGGGGUGGAUCUUUAAAGUCACACAUGAGACUCCACACAGGAGAGAGCCCUUUCAGCUGCUCAGUUUGUAAGAAACCUUUUACAGAGAGUAGACAUUUAAAGGCACACAUGAGACUCCACACAUGAGAGAGACCUUUCAGCUGCUCAGUUUGUAAGAAAACUUUUACAUGGAGUGGAUCUUUAAAGUCACACAUGAGACUCCACACAGGAGAGAAACUUUUCAGCUGCUCAGUGUGUGCUUAAUCUUUUGCUCAAAGUAGGCAUUUAAAGUCAUACAUAAGACUCCACACAGGAGAGAAACCUUUCAUAAAUGUGCUGGCCGCUCAUCCUCAAAGUUUCAUCAAACUGAGGAGAACAAAGAGGCAGAACCUCCAGCCAGCAGCCCACAAGAAGAGAUGUAAACCUCUUUUUCAAUCUUUUUGAAGGAUUCGAAAAAGAUUUUCAAGUUUUUUUUAAAAUGCUACAAAACUUGUAGUAACUUUUAUAAAUAUCUUUUUCUGUUCGUAUGAAAUUUACCUACAAUAUAAUUAAACAAUACUUUCUUUGCCAUGAUGAGAUAUGAUUUUAAUUUCUUCUUUGUUUAUUUUUAUUUUAUUUUUUUACAAAACAAAAGCUCACCCACUGAUAUUUUAAUUCAAUAUUUGAUUAUAGAAGUGUAAAAAUUACAACUUUAUUUUUUUUAACAGCAGAACAAAAUAAAAAUAUUCUUGGUUUACCAAAGUUGCCCGAAAGUUGUCCCUUCUUCAGUUUGU